AUGGUUAAUGCUUAUCUGCUGAUAUACAACCGUGAUUCUGGAUUGGAAAGGAACGAUGGGCAACAGUGUUACUACCUACAGGUAUGGAGACUCCAUAAAUUCAAACCCUAUCAUCAGAUUUCAGUGGGCCAUCACCGUACACCAAGCUGGUCUAUGCCCAGGAGCCCUCCUCCAAAACACAUCCUGCAUAACCUUCUCAUCCUCGACAUGAACAAGAUAGCUAAUGAAACGAUAACCUUGGCCAAGUCCCUGGCUUGCAUCGGCAUUCUUCAACGCGGCAUCGAGGCAAGUAAAGAUGGCUUCGAAUUCUGCUUCUGCUGUUUCACGGACUAG